CAAUAUUUGUUCUUUAUAUUUUCAGCGUGUUGUGCUGUAGAUGAUAUACCACACGAUAUACUAAAGCGAUGUCAGAUUUUCAUCCGUUACAUCUUCUGUUACCUGCACAACAUCAAAGUCUCACCACGUCUGUGAGCCAUUUCCUUUAGAGGUUUAUUUAUAGUUGUUUCCUGGAGAAGUGUGCCUUCUACCUUUCCUUACAUGGGAUACAUCUGAUGUUGUGUAAUUCUGGGAUAAACUUUUACAUUUUUCUUUAUUACAUUUUUUACCAUCAGAAAGAACUGUUAUAGAAGCUUCCAUUCAUAUGUAAUUGAAAAGUAUUGUUUUCCUUUACUCAGUGUUGUCUGCUAGUUUUGAUAAAAUCUGAAGUAACAAACUUUCUACAGGAAAUACUCAGUUCCACAAUCAGCGUUGUUUUUAUUUUUUGCCUUACAAGAAUAGCUUGGAUGCUAAGAUAUGCCAGUGGGGUAAGUUGAGCCACCUCGUUUAGAUAAGUUUAGUUAUGUAAUCAUAUAAUCAUUAAGGGUUCAUCGUUUAGAGAAUCAACAGACUGUGAUUGAGAGGGUCAUACAGUGAAAUUAAAAGUAUUUUUAAUGCCAAAAAAUUACCAGAUAACAGUUUAAGUGUGAUAGAUAGAUAGAUAGAUAGAUAUGAUAGAUAGAUAGAUAGAUAGAUGAAUCAUACAAAUAAAAGAAAAUAAAUGCAAUUACCAUGGCUUAAAUUAGUAUCUUCAGAGCCAUAUUUCUUUAGAGAAUCCAGAGUUUAAUGCCUUUGAGUGCAAUGACUCAUGAUAAUGAUAAUAAAUUAACAUUUUUCAUCAUCCAUAAAACUUGUUGAGGUCAGAAUGGAUCUGCCUUAUCGUCCAUGCUUAUGUACCAAAAUGUUAUCUGUAAUGAUGACUCUAUGUGAGUUAUGGUAAUAACCUAUUAAAUUCCUUUGCAGAAAGCUAAAUUAGAGCACAUUGUUAUGGAGGAAGAACUAGAACCACACAACACCAAAACAGAAAUGGUUUCGUCACCUCCUGAGCAUUCUUCACCACAACAGGAGACAUUAUACAAUAAUGCUGAAGAGGCUGAUCUGGGUUUUAGCGCCUCCUGUCUGACCACAGCGGAACUGCAGCAGCACUGGAGAGCCGUUAAGCAGGAGUUCAGAAGCGUUAAACUGCUGUUCGACAUCCCCAACACCCGAAUCAUCGAUCAAACAAUGUCCAAAUACGUGGUGUACCAGAUUGUGGUGAUCCGCUCAGGCAGUUACGACUGUGAGCGUGUAGCUAUUGAGAGACGCUACUCAGACUUCCUUCACCUUCAUCAGGAGCUCCUGGUGGACUUCAAUGAGGAAAUGGAAGACAUUGUGAUGCCUAGGAAGAAAAUGAGGGGCAACUUCUCAGAGGAGAACAUCGCUGAGCGGCGCGUAGCCCUCAGAGACUAUCUUACUCAGCUCUACUCCAUCCGGUGUGUCCGAAAAUCACAAGCGUUCCAAGCGUUCUUCACUCAUCAGGAACUAAAAGCUGCAUAUAACCUCCUGCGUGGGGGGCGCUUUUCCCGCGCCCUUGAGGGCCUCCAGAAGGCGUUAAUACUUCAGGAGAAACUUUCUUCUCAUGACCCUACUUUGGUGAUACCAACCUUGUGCGCCAUAUUGGUGUGCCAAAGGGAUCUAGAAGACUUUGACGCAGCAUUUCAAACUGGCAGAAGAGCUCUGCCCACAGUGAGACGCUACGAGCUCCGGCAGUAUCAAGGGCCCCUGCUGGAGGCUCUUGUUGAUUUGGGCUACAGUCUUGAGUUGCCUGUGGCCCAGUUACAGGAUGAGCUGACCAGAGUGCAAGACUCUCCACAUGCGCAGUUGUCACAGAUGUCCCUUAAAGAACUGGUGGUGCAAGAGUUUGUAUAAUCAGUAACAACUGUAAUUUAGUUGUGUUAACAAACAUGGUUUGAACAAAUUCCCUAAUCCAGAAUUGUUCUAAGUGAUCAGACUAACAAUUGUCACCUGGCAGACAAUACAAGAGUGGAAGGUCCCUUAGACUUACAUUGUGGAAUGGACUUGAGCCAUAUCUAGAGACCAGAAUUUCAUAGAGGCUUGGGUGGGCUGUUUUAACUUGGACCAGAAAGCAACCGCCUUUAAACCACACAGAACAUCCUAGCAACUGCAAAGCAACAUGCCCCAAACAAAUGUCAGCACCAGAACAUCAUAGACAUGAGGAUAGACUGCUUUGACUUAGGGGAGUGUGCUGACUUGUUCAAAUGUAUUUCAUGAGCCCAUAUGGUCCAACUUUAUAUUAAGUGUCAUUAACUACUAUAUACUAACAUUUAAAUUAAUAAUUUGAUACAAUGCACUUAUUGUGUACAUACAUGUUUUUACAUUGUACUUAUAUUUAAUAAAUACCUGCAUAUAAUUACAUAUGUAAUUAACUUCUGUAAUUACAUCUAUAAUUACACUAUUGACCCUUUCCUUACACCUUAAUUUCAAUUCAGAGUUGUUAUUGUUAACUAAAAAUAUUAAAGCUGAAAUAAAUCUGAAUUAAAUUAAAAUAUAAAUAUUAGAGGAAAAACUUUCUGAAAAUUCUAAAUGUUGCCAAUGCAACUAACGGAAAUAAAAUAAGUUUAAUUUGAGGUACUAAAAUUACUGAAAAACUAACUAAAAAACUAAAACGGAAAUAAAAAUAAAUAAAUAAAAACUAACCAAAAUGACAGCUAAAAUUAAAAUGAAAACUGAAAAUAUAAAAUAUCUCAUUCAAAGUAUUAAUAAAUACUAUAAUAUUAUAUAAAUAACACUAAAAUUUUGAGCAGUUUUUCGCAGCUGCCAUAUGGAAACUUUGAGCCACAAUGGGAUAAUACAUUAAAAAAAAAAACUAUUAAUUUUUAAAUUAAUUUGUUUUUGUAUUUGAUAUAUUUAUACACUUGCAAAAGCUCACACCAAGUGAAUCACUAAGCAUAUGAUUCUCAUUUUGGGAAAGAAAAGUCCUGGUGUACAAAUCCCGGACGAGCCCCCAAAUAAUGAUUUGUACGUCAAUAUAAAAGACGAAUAAAAACUGGACUAAUUCCAGUAUAGAGCACCUACAAAGUUGCUUUGAAUGUACGGACUGGGACAUUUUUUUUUAAAUGGUAGCCCUGAUUUAAAUGAUCAAGUUUUAGUGGUUUCGAACCUAACUUUUGUGUCGAUUCUAUUAUUCUGGCUGAUGGUAUUUCCUAACAAUAAGCCAUGGGUUACUAAAGAGCUUAAAAAUAUUCUUAAUAUGAAAAAAAGGAUAUUUUUAUCAGGGACAAAUGAGGAGAAAAAAAUGAUCAAUAAGAAGUAAAAAGAGCAAUUAGAUGUGCUAAAUUGAACUACAGAAAUAAAAUAGAAGGAAAGGUUAUUCAGGGUGAUAUGAGGGCUGUUUGGCAUGGAAUCAAAAAUAUGCCAGACAUAAAUAUAACAAAGAAAGUUCCAGUUGAAAAAAGAAAUGCAGAUUUUUCAGCUAAUGAUCUAAACUUGUUCUUUACAUGUUUUGAGAAGGAUGAAUUAAUUGUCAAACUUGAAAAAUAUUAAACAGAUAUUAAGUGGCUCUGCCCCAUUGAAACCGUAUUCUCAGAAUAUAUUGAAACAGCUAAAAAACAUAGGGUAUGUUAGCAAGGCUACUGGACCUGAAGGUAUUUGUGGAAGAACACUUAAUCACUGUGCGGAGCAGCUCAGUGGGUUGUUUUAUAAACUGUUUCAAGCAUCAUUGGAUCAGGCUGUAGUUCCUAAGUUAUGGAAAACUUCAAUUGUAGCAUACCCAAGAGAGAGAAACUCCAUUCUUUUAAUGAUUUUAGGCCCAUUGCUCUAACCUCGCUAGUGAUGAAAACUUUGGAAAGGGAAGUCAAGUCUCAGAUUAUAUUAGUGACGGAUAAGAAAUUAGAUCCGUUGCAGUUUGCAUAUAUCACACUAAAAGAGGUGUGGAUGAUGCAAAACUAUUUCUAUUGGAUACUCUCCAUCAGCACCUAGAAAGCGGGAAUUCUUUUGCCAGAUUGUUGUUUGUUGAUUUUUCAUCAGCAUUCAACACAAUGAAUCCUAUUAUCUUGGCUAAGAAACUUGUAAAUGAAUUUAAUAUGUGUCAUGAACUGGUGUGGACUUUCUAACCUGUAGGGAGCAAAGGGUUAGGAUGAAUGGAGUUUUAUCAGAAACACUUUGUACAUCGAUCACAUCUCCACAGGGCUGUGUAUUGUCAUCAGUUCUUUUUAUCCUGUAUACGAAUGAUUGUCGAAUUUAUGAGGAAAACUGUCAUGGUGUGAAAUAUGCAGAUGAUACAGUAUUUUUAUCCUUGUUGUCAAACACAAAUCUAAACAAGUUCACUUUUUAUACAAGAAGUCAUUCGUAUUUGUAAUGCAAAUUUUACUAAGGAUUCUUGAGGGUUUUUUUUCGUUUUUGUUUUUUUUAAUCUUUCUCUCCUUGUGUGAAUUUUAUUAUAAAGCGUGGUGCAUUGUAAUGUUGUAAUAUGUAGAUAUUGGAGUUGAAUAUGAUGGUUUUAAUGUAUGUUUUUCUUUUUGUUUGUGAUGUGCUGCCAUCGCCCUAAUACAAUUGCCCCUUGUGGGAUUAAUAAAGUGGUUAACAAUAA